GAAACUCAUUGCCGAGAAGGAUGGAGCCUCAGUACGUUUACGUAAAGACUCGCUCGCAGUUUGGGAAAAGAUGCUAUUUUUCGGAAUGCGAUAAGCUUGAGGUCGACAUCAAAUCCGACCCGACUCUCGCCAAGGACUACGUUCACUUAGAUCCGAUAUCAAGGUCAAAAAAUGACUUGAGUUGCCUAACUGCCACUGCACAUCCUGCUAAAUUCCCAUAUCUCGUAUUAGCUUUAUUGAUUUUGCAUUAGGUGAACACGACAACCGCUGUCUUUAAAAACAGCGGGAUGCUUCACGUGGAAGGCGGAUGGCCCCGAGACGUUAACAAGGACGACCAAGAACAAACGAUUCGUUAUCGCCGAAAAAUUGAAAAAGAUGAAUUAUACGUUCACACUCUGCUUCAACUUUUGCCGCAAAUGGAGCACUGCGUACUGCAAAACAACGGCUGCAACAUCUACCAGCAGUACUUCGAGGACACGGAUGUGACAGACCUCGUGGAGCGGACCUUCUGCCGCACGCUGAACGUGUACCGGGACCCGCUGCCGGUGAAGCGUCCGAUCUCCCACAUCUCCUGGUCACCGGAUCACGGGAGUAAGCUAGCCGUCAGCUACUCUAGCACCGACUUCAAGAAGCUCGUCGAUUACAGUCCCAUAUCCUACAUUUGGAACAUCGAUAAUCCCAACAAGCCACUUCUUACGCUCGAGCCGUUCUGUCCCAUGCUGGUGCUCGAAUACAACCCCAAAGACAGCAACAUCCUCGCGAGUGGCCUACUAACCGGUCAGGUCGCCAUCUGGGACAUCCGAAAGAGCGUGACGCCGGUGUCGAUGAGCCCCGAAGAGAUCAGCCAUAGGGAUCCUUGCAGCAAGGUUCUUUGGAUAAACUCCAAGACCGGCACGGAGUUCUUCAGCGCCUCCAGGGAUGGCCAGAUCAAGUGGUGGGACACGAGGAAGUUGAAAGUGCCCCUGGAGACGCUCGUGAUUGACUUGGAGAAGCCGGACGAGCAGGAUCUCGACCGAGCGAUCGGCGUCUCGGCUCUGCAGUUCGAAACGUCCGUCGGCACACGAUUCAUGUGCGGCCUGGAAAAUGGCGUUGUGAUAUCCGGGAACCGGAAGGGAAAGCUGGCCUCGGAGAAGAUUGCGCAAAGGUACAAGGCGCAAUACGGUGCGGUACUGAGCGUCGAAAGGAAUCCUACUUUCCUCAAAAACUUUUUAUCGGUUGGCGACUGGACUGCGCGAAUUUGGUCGGAAGACUGUAGAGAGGGUAGCAUCAUAUGGACACCAAAUUACGGUGUGCUUCUGACCUGUGGUGUAUGGAGCUCGAAAAAGUACUCCGUCUUUUUCCUCUCGAAGAUCGACGGCACCUUGGACGUCUGGGAUCUGCUCGUCCAGCAGGAUAUGCCGGUCUUGAGCGUGAAGGUUUGCGACGAGGCGCUGACUUGCAUGAAGACGCACGAGGGUCCAUUACUCGCGGUUGGCAGUCGCAACGGCUCCGUUUACAUGCUCGAAUUCUCGAAAAGCCUCAUCCACAAUUACAAGAACGACAAGAUCCUACUGACCGGCCUCUUCGACAGAGAGAGUAGAAGGGAGAAGGUUAUCGAGGCGAAGAAUCGGGAGUAUCGGCUCAAGUUGAAGACUAUACGCCAGGAGUCGGAUGUAGAACCGGUUGUCAAGAGGCCCAUUGGCGAUCUCAAGGAUCCCGUCAUUCUCCAAUGCGAAAAAGAUUACCAGCUAAUAAUCAAUGAUGAAUUAGCGAGGCAAACAGCCGUGCAACAGGAAGAGGCCUGUCUCAGUCCACUGGACACUUAA